GGUCGAAAUGGCCGUACAUGGAAAGUUGAAAUCAGUUGAUGUCUUGAUCAAAGAGACUGGAAAUGUACACUCUUCGCCGCGCCGCUUGUCGCCUUCUGGCUUCACCCUCUCCAAUAACCCGAUCAAGAUUGACAGCAUUACCCCACACACACUUACCUGUGGUUGUCCGCCGGCCGAUAACGCAGAGCAGACGGUCACUGGGGGAUGCUAAAAGCCCGCUGGGCUCGAAGGAUGCCCCCGCGGCAAGUACAGCAACGAAUUCGGAUACGACCACGGCAACAGCCACCGCGGAUAAUGCGCUAGACUUAUCACCACCAGUUGAGAAUUAUGCUGAGGCAGUCGAAAAGGAUGUUAUGAAAGGGGACCUGAAAAAUGAGCUGGAAUUAAGUAGUGGUACUACGGGCGCUGCGACAGCCAGAGCCGUUUCGACGAAAGAGACCAAGCAAGAGGAUGGAGGAACUUGCAAGAAUCUAAACCUCAAAAGUUCAGAUUCCACUAGAAAUACGAGUGGUGUACCAACAGCGCCCGAGUAUGAGGCCGGGGCAGAAAAGGUGCGAGAAGGGCGUCCUUCGGGCACGAUUAUUGCAAAUACGGCACCGACUGGGGCCACAAGUGGCGUUCCACGGGCAUCGUCGAAUGCGCCGGGGGCGGAGAAAGCGCAGACGCUCAAUCAAGGCUUAGCUGCCAAGUUAAGUCUUUCAGAAUCAUUGACGAAGAGCACAACAGUCGAUGAGCAGGACCCCGAUCUUGAUUUUGAUAUAUCUCAGAUCCGCGAGGCAGCCGCUCAAGAAGCGUGGGCGGCCGCUGAAAAGAAACAAAUGACCCACGGCGAGAAGUUAGAUAUGCUGAGGCGAUUGCAAUACGAACCUAAGCAAACAGUAUUCAUUGGAAACCUCUUUUACGACGUGACGGCGGAAGACCUUAAAAAGCAGAUGGCGAAGUAUGGGGUCGUGGAAGGAGUGAAUAUCAUUUACGACAGCCGGGGCAUUAGCAAAGGAUACGGCUAUGUGCAAUUUAGCAGUAACGCGGCGGCAAGACGGGCAAUCGAUGCAAUGCAUAUGCGAAUAUUUGAGGGGCGCCGUGUGACCCUGUACUAUGCACAAACCAACAUAACAAAUAGCUUCAAGAACAAAAAACCCACCAACACACUUUAUAUUGGCAAUGUGCCAUUCGAGAUGACCGACCGUGACCUCAACGAUCUCGUCAAGGAUCUAGACGGUCUUACUGAUGUACGGGUGACGGUAGACCGCCAGUCAGGGGCGCUCCGUGGUUACAUUCAUGCUGAGUUUCUAGAUAUCCAAAGCGCGAUGGUUGCGCAUGAGAAGCUCGCGCAGAGGAGGCCUUACGGACGACGGCUCAAGAUUGAUUAUAGCAAAACAAAGUCGGCCCAAGGGGGUUUUCCUGUUGCUGUAUGA